AUGGGGGACUUUUUCCUUUGUGGAUUUUUGUCAAAAGAAAACUGGAGCUGUUUGAGGCAGACAUGGCAGGAGACAGAGAGCCCAGAUCUGGACCAUGGAUCUAUUAUAUUGACACGGUGGACACGUGGUGGACACGUGGGGCAACGUGAGUGGAGAAGGGCAGUUUCCCGGGCAACCAGAGCUACCCCCUUGUGCCCGUCCCUGCAUCUGCACGGAACCUUCCCUGAUAACACCGUCACUUGUUUGUUUGUUGUGUGA